CCUUCCGGGGUUGGGAGCGGCAACCCAGCCAGCCAGCCAGCCAGCCAGGCGGAGGAGGAGCCGGAGCCUUUUGGGGCUGAGCAUUUCUCGCCUUUGCGCGCUCGCCGCUUCGCAUCCCUCCAUCUCUCCAUCCAUCCAUCCUGCCCGGGCUGAGCAAGGACCCGCCCGCCCCGGCCCUCGCCAUGGUCAUCAAGGUCUACAUCGCUUCUUCGUCCGGCUCGACGGCGAUUAAAAAGCAGCAGCAGGAUGUGAUCGGCUUCUUGGAAGUCAACAAGAUUGAGUUUGAGGAGAAAGAUAUCGCAGCCAACGAAGAGAACCGAAAAUGGAUGCGGGAGAACGUCCCUGAAGAUAGCCGGCCGGCUAGCGGGAAUCCGUUGCCCCCUCGACUCUUUAAUGACAGCCGGUACCUUGGGGAUUAUGAAGCCUUCUUUGAAGCCCGAGAAAAUAAUGCCGUUUACGCUUUUUUAGGCCUGACGGCUCCCCCUGGUUCUAAGGAAGCGGAAUCCCUCGCCAAGCAAGAAGCGUGAUUUCCCUCCUCUCUGCCCAUUCCUGCCUCAAGCCUUAAAUAUUCUGCAAAGGGAAACGUCCACAGCUUUUUCUACAAUGGCAAAAUUGCCGGGCUUCAAGGAAAACAGAAAAGGUUUUGUUGUUUUUCCUCAAACGCCGAUUGCUACGCAUAGCAUAAAACAGAGCCAAGACAAAAAUCACAAAUGUGAGCUGAAGUCAGUGGUCCGAAAAGAAAUCUUUUUGAUUUUUCCAGCUGGUACAGCACAUAUUUUUGGCAGCCAGAUUGUUUUUGUAAACUUACCAAAACACUGUGUUUCGCUAUUAAUAAUUCAGAUUUAUACUUACAGAUACAGCUGUUUAAAGGGGAGGAGGAGCGAAAAUGUCCAUAAAGAAACCCCUGUGCCUGAAAUGCCUCGAGGAGAAUUGAAAAAAAUGUUAUAAUGUUGAUGCCUUUUAAAUUGUGACUUUGCUAAAAAAAAUUGAACAUAGUAAUGAUCAUAAUUGCUUGCUGAAAUUAGGGUAUUUCCAUUUUUGUUCAUUGUAAUGUUGUAGUUCAUGGCAUAGGCUUCAAAAGAUGAAUUGUUACAAGAUUUUCACUGAAUUGACCAAUGUGGGGAAUUUCCCAGGGAGCAAGAUCCGGCUUGACUUACCUGUCUUUUAGAGGACCCAAAUGCACCAAUUUGUGCCAAGGUUUUACUGCUGGCUUGGUGGAACUGGCAUCAGUGACUAGACAGUGAAAUAACACCCCCAUCCCAAACCACCGACGAUCCUUAUUUCUACUUUUCCUGAGACUUCUCAGGAAACAAUGUGCAGGACUUCUGUUCCGCUGUACAAACAUGUCUCUAUUUAGACCUCGACAAGCAGGAAGCAAUCUAGUCUAGUCAUUCCAAGUAAUCAAAAUUGUAAAAUUGGGUUGCUGUUCUAGGAAGAGAGAGGUCAAGAAUAGGGGCCAUGUGUUGAAAAUCCUCCCAAUGGGUUCUGUCGAUCCACACCAGUGCUUUUAGCGUUUGAUACAUCAUCCUAUAAAAUAUUGUGAGGCCGA